UUAGUUUUGUGUUUCAGCCUUUAGGCUAUCAAACUCCUCCCUCUUUCUUUUCAGAAAACAAAAGUGAAACUUAUCUUAUUUUGCAACGACGUGCAAGAGACGCAGCAAAAUGGCAGAAUCUUCUGACGAUCAAAAUCCCUUUAACUGUCCGAUCUGUCUUCAUCUUCUGAACAACCCAGUAACUACAACUUGUGGGCAUAGUUUCUGUAUGAACUGUAUUAAUGAGUGCUGGGAUCGGGAUGAUCAGAAGGGAGUUUACAGCUGCCCCCAGUGCAGGCAGACGUUCAGCCCAAGACCAGCUCUCAGCAGAAGCACUGUGCUGGCUGAAGUUGUAGAGAGAAUGAAGAAAGAGGCACCAGAAGCAGAAACAGAAACAGCCUCUCCUGUCUUCAGUUUUUCUGUGUCGGGGGAUGUGGAGUGUGAUUUCUGCCUAGAGACCAAACUAAAAGCCAUCAAGUCUUGUCUGGUGUGUUUGGCUUCUUACUGUGAAUCUCACAUCCAAACCCAUUAUACAUCUCCUGCAUUAAAGCGGCACAAACUGGUCAAUGCCUCACCACAUCUACUGUACCAAAUCUGCUCCCAACAUGAUAAACUGCUGGAGCUGUACUGUUGCCAAGAUCAGCAGCUGAUAUGUAUGCAGUGUGCUUUGAUCAACCACCAGAACCAUAGCAUGACUUCACCUGCAGCAGAAAGACAGAACAUACAGGGUCGCUUGAAGGAAAAUUCUGAAAACCUACACGAGGAAAUGCAUCAGCGAGAAAUUAAGAUAGAGGAAUUAAGACAGGCCAUGAACUCUCAUAAGCUCUCUGCACAAGCAGCAGUGGAGCACAGUGACAAGGUAUUUACUGAGCUGAUCAGCUCCAUGGAGGAAAGACGAACUAAGAUAAGAGAGAUGAUCAGAGCUCAGGAGAAAGCAGAAGUAAGCAGAGUUGAGGAACUCAUACUAACACUGGGGCAGGAGAUCAGUGAUCUGAGGAGGAGACGCGAUGAACUCGGGCAGCUUUCACAGGUGGAGGAUGACAUCUGUUUCAUUCAGAAUUUCUCCUCUCUUUCUCACUACCAAUGUUCAAAUUUGAGCGACAUCUCCAUCGGAAAACAUUUGACAUUUGAGGAACUAGAAACAGUCAUCUGUGAGCUGAAAAGUCAACUGGAUGAUCUCUGUGAACAAGACAUUGUUCGGAUAUCAGAGAAAGUUCCCAGUGUCCAUAUAAUGGUGAACAAUGAGAAGAUUACUGAGUAUUUGCCAUCUCAACCCAAGACCAGAGAAGAAUUCCUUGUGUAUUCCUCUGAACUGAAUCUGAAUCACUCAUCAGCCUGUAGUCAGCUCUCUGUAAACAACAAGUCUGUGUCAAGACGUGAUCAGCAAUUCAGAAAUGCAUUAAGUUCAUACUAUCAUUAUCAGCCUACACAUACACACCAGGCGUUUCAUAAGAGUCUAUCUCUUAAAGAACCUACACGUACAUACCAGGUGUUGUGUAAUGAGAGUCUAUCUGGGCGCUGUUAUUUUGAAGUUGAGUUUGGAGGAACAGGUUGUUCUAUUGCAUUUUCAUAUGACCAGAUUAGAGGGGGACAAGGUUUUGAAUUUGGCUCUGACAACAGAUCCUGGAAAUGUAACUUUCCAACAGCUAAGGUUUGUGUAAGGCACAAUAACCAACAAACUAACAUUUGCUUGGUCUCUAAAAUUGGAGUGUUUCUCGAUCAAGUUGCAGGAACUGUGUCAUUUUACAAUGUCUCUGAUAAAAUGACCCUCCUACACAGAAUCCAGACCACAUUUUCUCAACCCCUCUACCCUGGGUUUUCAUUUCGGGAUUGGGGAAAUUACUCAUCAGUGACUAUUUGUGAUCUUCCAAAGUAGAAGUAAAUAUAAUCUGUACUAACAGCGAUAGGUUCAUGAAUGGACACAUUCAAGGCAAGGCAAGAGAAAUCACUGUUCUCAUACAUCAUUGUUAAAGCAUAUUUUGAUGUUAAUUGUAUUAAUCUUUAAAAAAGAUAUGGGCUGCUUAAAUAAGUGAUUUUUUUAUAAAAGAAAUUGAUAUGAAACUUGUUUGAAAACUGUCAUACUAUGGGAUGGUCUGUGUCUGUUCUUCUUGUUUCCGUGAGAUCCUGUAAAUUGGUAAAAAUUUUACUCACUAUCUCUGCUACUCCAGUUUCACAGUUUAACAUUUGGUUGACAAAUUUCCUUUAAAAUAAUCGAUUCAGGUUGACCUUCCAUUGUUUAUUGAAUGUAUUCUAAACAAUAAAUUACUUUUUUGAGUAA